AUGGAGAAGAUUGAAUCAGAUCUGUGCGACAAGGUCCAAGCCCAGGUCCUGUAUGGACCAAAAGACUUACGCUUGGUUUGCAGCCUUCCAAAUCCGACAGAACCUCGUGCUUAUGAAUACUUCCAGGUCUCACAGCCCAUCAGUCCCCCUCUCGUCGAGGAAGUCCAGAUUGCGAUGAAAGCAACGACUCUCUGCGGAUCCGACCUCCAUUACUACACACAUUUCCGCAACGGAGACAUUGAGAUCAAGCAGCCGCUCUCUCAAGGCCACGAAUGCGCGGGUCUAGUGGUUGCCGUCGGAUCCGGGGUUGAGGCCAAGUAUGGACUCCACGUGGGGGACCGAGUGGCCGUGGAGGCUGGCGUACCCUGCGACGAGUGCGAGGUGUGCUUAGAGGGGGCCUACAACGUAUGCGAGAAGAUGCGAUUCCGCAGCAGCGCGACGGCUUUCCCGCAUUACCAAGGCACCUUGCGGGAGCGGUUCAAUCAUCCCGCCAAAUGGGUUCACAAACUACCAGACUCUCUAACCUAUGUCGAUGGUGCGCUGCUUGAACCCCUGGCGGUCGCCAUCCACGCAGUUCGAAAGGCAGCUGCCAAGCCCAUGGCCACGUGUUUGGUCAUUGGAGCCGGUGCGGUGGGCCUUCUCUGCGCGGCCACAGCCAAAGGCUCGGGGUACGGCCGAGUCGUCAUGGCCGAUAUUGCACAGAACCGGCUCGCAUUCGCACUUGAGAACGGAUUUGCCGAUGAGACAGUGACUCUGCACGCGAGAAAGCCGCAGAGUCUCGGCGAGGGGUUGGCAUUUGCCAAAGAAGACGCCGCAGGACUGGUGGCCAAGAACCAUGGCGACAAAUUCGCGAGAGUCUUCGAAUGCACCGGCGUAGAAGGCUGUGUAAGAACGGCCAUUCAUGUGAGCUACAAGGAUAUAAUUUGCUCGUUCUUCCGUGGCACUGACUGGAAGGUAUAG